AUGUCAUCCUCAUCAUCCCCAUCGUCCUCGUCAUCCCCCUUCUCUUCCUCGUCCUCCUCCUCUUGGUCCUCCUGGUCCUGGUCGUCGUCGUCCUCAUCGUCGUCCUUGUCGUCCUUGUCGUCGUCCCCGUCAUCCCCGUCGUCCUCGUCGUUGUCCACGUCACCCUCGACGUCUUCAUCAUCCUCCUCAUCCUCGUCAUCGUCCUCUUCAUCCCCGUCGUCAUCGUCGUCCCCGUCCAUCUCCUCCUCCUCCUCCUGCUCCUGCUCAUCUUCCUCUCCUUCGUCCUCAUCCUCGUCGUCACCGUCAUCGUCGUCCUCGUCGUCGUCCCAGUCAUCCCUGCCGUCUCCAUCGUCCCAGUCGUCCUCGUCGUCCCCAUCCUCCACUUCCUCCUCCUCCUCCUCAUCGUCCUCGUCGCCAUCCUCCUCGUCAUCCUCAUCAUCAUCCUGGUCAUCCACAUCAUCCUCGUCAUCGUCCUCUUCCUCCCCAUCGUCCUCCCUGUCGUCCUCCCCAUCAUCCUCCACGUCGUCCUCGUCGUUGUCCUUAUUGUCCUCGUGGUCCCCGUCGUCCCCGUCGUCCCCCAUCUCCUCCUCCUCCUCAUCCUCCUCUGCCUCCUCCUCCACCUCCCCCUCCUAGUCGUUCUGGUCGUCCUGGUCCUCGUCAUCCUUGUCAUCCUCGCCAUCAUCAUCCCCGUCGUCCUCGUCAUCGUCCUCGUUGUUCUCGUGGUCCUCGUCAUCCUCAUUGUCCCCAUCGUCCUCAUCCUCCUUGUCCUCGCCGUCCUCGUCAACCUCAUCCUCGUCAUCCUCCUUGUCUUCCUCGUUAUCGUCCUGGUCAUAUACGUCAUCCUCGUCGUUGUCUUCAUCCUCCCCCUCGUCCUCCCCCUCGUCCUCCCCGUCGUCCUCCCCAUCGUCCUCCACGUCGUCCUUGUCGUCAUCCUCAUCGUCCUCGCCAUCCUCGUCAUCCUCGUCAUCGUCCUCAUCAUCCCCCUUGUCCUCCUCGUCAUCCCCGUUAUCCCCAACAUCCUCAUCCUCCUCUUCCUCUCCCUCCUCCUCCUGCUCCUCCUCCUCCUCCUCCUCGUCCUCGUCAUCCUCGUCGUCCUCAUCAUCGUCCUCAUCAUCCUCCUCGUCCUCCUGGUCCUCCCCGUCGUCCCCGACAUCCCCCUCCUCCUCCUCCUCCUCCUCCCCCUCGUUGUCUUCGUCGUCCUCCACGUCAUCUUCGUCGUCAUCCUCCUCGUCCUCCACGUCGUCCUCCAUGUCAUCCUCGUCCUCGUCCUCGUCCUCCUCGUCCUCGUCAUCCUCGUCGCCUUCGUCAUCGUUGUCGCCAUCCUCCUUGUCCUCCUCAUCAUCCCCGUCAUCCCCAUCAUCCCCCUCCUCCUCUUCCCCCUUUUCCUCCUCCUCCUCCUCCUUCUUCUCCUCCUUCUCCUCCGCCUGGUCAUCCUGGUCCUCCUGGUCCUGGUCAUUGUGGUCCCCAUCGUCCUCCACGUCGUCCUCAUCGUCCUCGUCGUCCCCAUCGUCCUCCACGUCGUCCUCAUCGUCCUCGUCCUCCUUGUCAUCCUCGUCGUCCUCGUCAUCCUCGUCCUCGUCAUCGUCCUCGUCAUCAUCGUCGUCCUCGUCAUCGUUCUCGUCAUCUUCCUCCUCCUCCUGGUCCUCCCCAUCGUCCCCGACAUCCCCCUCCUCCUCCUCCUCCCCCUCAUCCUCCUCGUCAUCUUCGUUGUCCUUGUCAUCUUCAUCGUCUUCGUCAUCCUCGUCUUCGUCCUCGUCGUCGUCCUUGUCGUCCUCAUCAUCCUCAUCGUCCUCGUUCUUGUCCUCAUCCUCGUCCUUGUCCUUGUCAUGCCCUUCAUCCUCCAUUUCGUCCACGUUGUCCUCUUCGUCCUCCAUGUCAUCUUCGUCAUGA